ACUGAAGUAGCAACCUACAUAACCUUCGAAGUAAAUUGGUUUUAAGGAUAUUUAUGGUGAUCUAUGGAUAUUAUUACGAAUGUAAACACUAAUUUGGAUCUUCUUCUACAAUGUUCAGGAGGAUUUGAUGGUAAAAUUGGUGUAAUUUUUUGUUAAACAUACCCUCGGCAGUUACCACGGAUUUGACAAUCCGAUUCACGAGGAGCCAUGAUGCUCUGAGGAGAAAUAAACAGUAGGCUUGCCUACUCUCAGACAUUUUAUAAAAGGAUUAUUUACUGUCUAUAUAAACUGCAAUAAUGGCAUCUAAAGCGGCGGAUCGGAUUGAUCCCUUCACAAGCAAAGUGUUGAUAAAAACUAAAAAACAAAGACGUUCUCAGGGGUCAUCGCAUUACAGGACCAAAAAUACCCCUGAAUUACAGGCAUUGCCCCACUUAAAAGAUGCUAACCCUGGCUCUGACCAGUCAGAGCUCUUCAUCAAGAAACUGCAACAAUGCUGCGUUGUUUUCGACUUCAUGGAUCCUGUAUCCGACCUGAAGAGUAAAGAAGUGAAAAGGGCCUGUCUGAAUGAGUUGGUGGACUACAUCACAGCUACACGGAAUGUUCUCUCUGAUCCUGUUUAUCCGGAGAUCGUCCGCAUGAUUGCUUGUAAUAUAUUUCGGACGUUACCUCCCAAUGACAAUCCUGACUUUGACCCAGAGGAAGAUGACCCAACACUCGAGGCGUCUUGGCCACACUUACAGAUCGUUUAUGAAUUCUUUCUGAGGUUUCUAGAAUCUCCGGACUUCCAACCAAGUUUAGCAAAGAAAUAUAUAGACCAAAGAUUUGUGCUGCAGCUUCUGGAGUUGUUUGAUAGCGAAGACCCUAGAGAAAGAGACUUUCUAAAGACUGUUUUACAUAGGAUUUAUGGGAAAUUUUUGGGUCUCCGAGCCUUCAUUAGAAAACAGAUAAAUAAUAUCUUUCUCAGGUUCAUAUAUGAGACUGAGUCAUUUAACGGAGUUGGGGAGCUGUUGGAAAUUCUGGGCAGCAUUAUAAAUGGAUUUGCCUUACCUCUAAAGACGGAGCACAGACAGUUCUUGAUCAAGGUGUUAAUACCGCUACACAAGGCUAAGACUCUCAAUCUCUACCAUGCACAGCUUGCUUACUGUGUGGUGCAAUUUUUGGAAAAAGAUGCUGCAUUGACUGAGGAGGUGAUUAAUGGACUGUUGAAGUACUGGCCAAAGACCUGCAGCCAAAAGGAGGUGAUGUUUCUCGGGGAGAUCGAGGAGAUCCUUGAUGUGAUAGAACCUGCUCAGUUCGCACGAAUUAUGGAAAAAUUGUUUAAACAGAUUUCAAGAUGUGUCUCAAGCCCUCACUUCCAGGUGGCGGAGCGGGCCUUGUACUACUGGAAUAACGACUACAUCAUGAGUCUGAUAGAGGAAAGCUCCAAUGCAAUCCUUCCGAUCAUGUUUCCUGCACUCUACAGGAUAUCUAAGGAACACUGGAAUCAGACCAUCGUUGCGCUCGUCUAUAAUGUACUCAAAACCUUCAUGGAAAUGAAUUCUAAAUUAUUUGAUGAAUUAACUUCAAAUUAUAAAGCAGAUCGACAGAAAGAGAGAAAGAAGGAGAAGGAUCGGGAAGAACUGUGGAAGAAAUUAGAGAAGAUAGAAUUUGAAAGCACACAAUUAAAGAAUAAAACAUAAAACAUUGCCAUAUUAGAAGCAGUUUUUGGCCAGCAAUGGGAAGGAAGUUUCCUGUGCUAUCAUCACUCAUACUGUAACACCAUUUUUACAUUAGCUGCAUGCCGCAACAGAUGGGAUUUGUUGGUUUUCAGAACACCAAUUGUAGGGGUGAAUGAUUUUGCCUGUGGGAGGGCUCAGUCUGUCUGAGGUCCCAGCCCCUGUUUAGGCCCUGCCCUGCUCUGGGCCCAGGGGAAUGCAUCUGUAUGUUGGCGUUUUAACACUUUUUCUUGCGCUCAUGUGUAGGAGACAUCUUCAUCACACCAGGUCUGUUGCUUCGUGAAUCUGGUGUUUUUUUUUUUUGUUUUCCAGGAGGAUAUGUCUGUUUCUUUGUUUAUCUCCCCUGCCACUAACGGUUGUAACGCCCCUGUUCUCCUACCCCCGGCCACUCUGCUUCAGUAGAGGAUAGCUGACAGUGUAUAACCAUAUCGGGGAUGUUAGUUGUUGAGCUGUGUACUGUCCGACAAGUCUCCGUAGUGGUUGAAGUGGCACACGUUUCAAGUGUGGCCUCCAGAAUGGUGGCAUGUAAACUUGUAUGGCUACCAAAGUGGCCAAUAGUCUAGAUGGAUAUAUUGAGUGGUCAUCUACAGACAGUCGUGACAGCUUGUAAGACGAGAUGACUGAGAGAAACGGCUUGGGUGGGCUACCCAUAUGUAGUGAUGGUAAACCAACACACUGGCAUCAACUAUGUUGAUCCGAUACACCUCUAUGAGCUUAUUUGAUGAUGUGAAAAUGUAGUUUUAAACAAACAAACAAACAAAAAAAUGAUAUGAUUUGUCUGAUGGUUUUGUAACUUGUGUGAAGGAGAUUAUAGAUGAAAGUCUGAUCAGUGUGAUACAUUGUAGAUUGUUUGUAGUGACUGUUUGCCUUGUGUGUUUGUGAGAGAAAGUAGAUGUGUUUUACCUGUCUAGUAUAGCAACAUUAUUAUCAUGUGUACUGGGGAAUGUCAGAUAUUCUUUUGUGUCAGGUAAAGGGGGACAAUCUGUGUGCAUGGGUAUUUCUGUGUGUUACAUGUCAUGACCUUGUCAUGGGGAAAGUUUGACCUUUUAAUCGAGGAAAAUCUUCAAUGUUGGAUAUUUUCAUCAUAUCAGGUAAUGCUGAAUUGUACCUAGAUGAGGGAAGGGGGCACUAUCAAUAAUUAUGGGAUUGAGGUUGUGUUCAGCAAGGAAUAAAUAGUUGAUAGUUCAAGCCAAACUUUGUAAUUGCUGAACAACAAUAACAGAAUUAAACAGCAUUUUGUUGUUGUCAUUUAUCAUAUGACUAGGAUUGUGUAGGCUGUCAAUUUUAGCUUGAAGCGGGAAGAUGUUUUGCUCCUAUGACAAAAACAGAUUGCUUGGUUUAGAAAUUGUUUAACUGGUAAUCUUCAUACUUAAGGUUUUUUCAUGUUAAUUAAGUUCUAACUUACUCUUAACUGCUAAAUAGAAAGUCGCUGUAUUCUGCAUGAUAUAGAUUCGGAGUGAAAGUUGAAAAUUGUUGCAGAGAUGUAUGGAGUCUGGAGUGCACUUGAUAGUAGUUUAAAGUAAUACAUCUUCAAUGUUUGGUGCGAUUGAUGUUGAUAUAUUGUGAUGGUGAUUACCACUUAAAAAAAUUCAAGGCACAGUCUCUAUAUGUUGCGGUAUGGAUAAUUCCUGUGCAGAAUGACAGCAGAAAGGUGAAAGGCUUUGUGGUAGGUUUUAGGUGAUAAUUGCAAGCAUCCAUAUCAAUAUAAAAUCUGGCUUCAUGAAUACUGGACACUUCAUAUGAACUAUACAGUUUCAUCUUAUAAUGAAGAGCUGUUUCUCUAUAUUUAUUAUUUAUUUUUUAACAUAUAUAUGUAAAGCAUGGAAUAAAUGCAUAAAGUACAUAGUAUAUUUACCUUAAUCCUGUUGAAGACUUUAUCAUUAUAUUGAAAGUCUGCUGUUUGAAUAUCAGUGUGUUAGUUAGGAAUCUGUUGUUUCUACUCCAGGUUACUAUGAUCUUAUAUUGUGAAGGUAAUGCAAGAAAAAUCAUUUUACAGGUGGAAAAGCGUUAAAGGAAUUCAUUGUUUGUUUAAAAUUUGGAGGAAGGCAAGAUAUUUAGGAGCAUCUGAUGAUGACUUAUUUGUGAUUAAAUAGAUAUAAGAAUUCUCCAAUAUUUGUUUUUUGGAAUACUUGGACAUAUUUUAGUGCUCUUACUUAAUCUAGUUCUGUAAUAUAUUACCACGACCUGUAACUGUUGGUGGUAUAUCUCGGUGUCUCUAGUGUGCGAGAGUAGUUUGUACUGUGAGUUGUCUCCAUCCAUGUCAUCACUACAAAUUUAUGGUAUUAUUGUUAUGUUUUGUUACGAGUGAAUGAUAGUUUUACUAUUUUAUUCCUAGUACAAGUGUAUAUUUACAUAUAUUUAUGUGCAGCAUGUGGAGGGGAGGUAACUCUAUGUGACACCAUCUGAUGACCAGCUGUACCUGUGGUAGCCUGCCAGGCUUGCUCCUCUCGUCUUUUAUCUGGAGUGCAUGAGCUAUGAUUUUUAAGACUGCAAGAAGAACAUUUUGAAACCAUGCAUUUGUCAGUUAACUAAUUCAUGUGGCAUGUUUUAAACUAUUAAAUAUAAAUUAUAUGCAAUAAAUUUGUUAGUGUGUGUGUGUAUAUAUAAUUAUAUAUAUAGGUGGGUAAUUCUGUACAUGGCUGUGUACUAAUACUUGAAACCAUUACAAGGUCUAGUACAAACUCUUGCUGUCGUAUGAUCUCCUCAACCCUAUACCUUCUACUGCUGCUCACAAUGCCACUGGGUGUUAAUGUGUUGGACCUUUUUACAUCCCUCAUUCUGUAAAUCAUCUCCAUCUUUCUAUUUCUUGGUAUAAUUAGACAUGUGAGUUAUGUGUCUAUACCCUAUAAGCAAAUUGAACAAAGGCAGUGCAAGUUUUCGUAGCUCCUGGGAAUCUUGGCAAGCAGAGAUAGGUGUAGUGAUGUACCCCACUCUAGCUCUUGGUAUACAGAGGUUGGUUAAAUAAUGCAGCACUAUAACAGGCAAAGAUAGCUAGAAUAGAGCAACCCUCCUUAGAUCUAGGUAAGCCAAGAUGGCUAGAAUGGUGUGACCCUCCUAAACUCCUUGGUAUGGUAGGUGGAGUUCUGUGACCCUAGUAAACUACUUGGUAUUCAGAGAUAGAUGAAGUGUUGCGACCCUCAGUAGCUCCUUGGUGUACAGAGAUAGGUGAAGUGGUGCGACCCUCAGUAGCUCCUUGGUAUACAGAGAUAGGUGAAGUGGUGUGACCCUCAGUAGCUCCUUGGUAUACAGAGAUAGGUGAAGUGGUGCGACCCUCCAUAGCUCCUUGGUAUUCAGAGAUAGGUGAAGUGGUGCGACCCUCCAUAGCUCCUUGGUAUACAGAGAUAGGUGAAGUGGUGCGACCCUCAGUAGCUCCUUGGUAUUCAGAGAUAGGUGAAGUGGUGCGACCCUCAGUAGCUCCUUGGUAUUCAGAGAUUGGUGAAGUGGUGAUGUAGUUAUGUAUGUGUAUGCAUGAGAAACGGAAUAUUCAUGACCACACAAAUCAUAUGAAGUUAGUAUAUACAAUAGGUAAUUUGUGAUCCUGUUAACUUUGAGGUGUACUAAACUUUUCAGAAGAUGUUUAACAGACCUCUUGAUGUCUUUGUAAAAACUGUUUCAAAGUAUGUCUGAAUUCUCAUUUAAGUUGAUUUAUUUGAAAGAAAAUGAGAGAAACUUUUGUUGGAGAACUCCACUUGUGAACUGUGACCUUUUCUUGUAUAAACAUGAAGAGCAUUGGGAUACUGCCUUUUAAAAUCUCGUUAGUCUCUGAUGGUUCCCAUUUACAUAAUUAUGUGAAAUAGACUAUAACAUUAAUCUGUAUAAUAGCAGUAUGUUGAAUCAGGCUUCACAUUUUGGACUAAUCCUGUGGUUGGACUGCUCCAGCACUAUACUGUGUUGUACUGUUGCCUUCAUCCUAGUCUGUUCUUUUAGUAGUUACCCUCCAACACAAGUCUGUACAUUAAAUGCCUAUUAUUUUGUAAUAUUAAAGUAUUUGCUGCUACCAAUA